AUGCAACAUCGGGAUUAUAAAAGUUACACUACUUUACAACUCAAGUUCAGCAUGAAAGUCGCCUUGUUGACUGUGACUGUGGUGCUGCUCGUGGCUGGAGAGAGCACUGCAGAGAGGAUUCUGUCAAGAAGGACCAAGAGGGAGCUGGCGGGCCCACUGCACAUGGGGGGAGUCAGGGACCCGUAUGGCUCAUACUGCCAGAGGAGAGGAGGUUGCUGUCCGGGCAGAGACGACAUGUGCACUGUCCCAUAUCUGGACACCAUCUGCUACUGUGACCUCUUCUGCAACCGCACCGUAUCCGACUGCUGUCCUGACUUCUGGGGACACUGUCUCGGGGUGCAGCCUCCUUUCAUUGGCACCUGCGAACGAAAUGGAAACAAGUUCUUAACAGGGCAAACAUACAAAGAGAACUGCAAUUUAUGCACGUGUGGUUCUCUUGGACGCUGGGAGUGUGAGCAGAACUCCUGUUUGAUAGAGGCGGACAUGAUCCAAGCAGUGAACAGAGGAAAUUAUGGGUGGAGAGCAGCUAACUACAGUCAGUUUCAUGGCAUGACACUGGAUGAAGGCAUCCGCUACAGACUGGGCACACAGAGACCCUCCAGGACUAUCCUUAACAUGAACGAGAUUCAGAUGAACAUGGACCCCCAGAGUGAGCAUAUUCCACUUUAUUUCAACUCUGUCGAGAAGUGGCCUGGGAAGAUUCAUGAGCCCCUGGACCAAGGGAACUGCGCAGCAUCUUGGGCCUUUUCCACCGCUGCUGUGGCUUCAGACCGAAUCUCCAUCCAGUCCAUGGGUCACAUGACGCCGCAGCUGUCUCCGCAGAACCUGAUUUCCUGCGACACCCGUAACCAGGGGGGCUGUGCAGGAGGGCGCAUCGAUGGGGCCUGGUGGUACCUCCGGCGCAGAGGAGUGGUCACUGAAGACUGCUACCCCUACAGCCCACCGCAGCAGACGCCCACUGAAGCGGCCCGCUGUAUGAUGCAGAGCCGGUCUGUGGGGCGGGGGAAGAGGCAGGCCACACAGCGCUGUCCCAACACACACAACUAUCACAACGACAUCUACCAAUCCACCCCUCCAUACAGGCUCUCCUCCAAUGAUAAGGAGAUUAUGAAGGAGAUUAUGGAUAAUGGCCCGGUGCAAGCUAUUAUGGAGGUGCAUGAAGACUUCUUUGUUUACAAGAGUGGAAUCUACAAGCACACUGACGUCAGCUUCACAAAACCUCCCCACUAUCGCAAACAUGGGACACACUCAGUCAGGAUUAUUGGGUGGGGAGAGGCGAGAAAAGUUGAUGGAACAGUUCAAAAAUAUUGGAUUGCUGCCAACUCUUGGGGGAAGAACUGGGGUGAAAAUGGCUACUUCCGAAUCGCCCGAGGUGAAAAUGAGUGUGAAAUAGAGGCUUUCGUGAUCGGCGUCUGGGGCAGAAUUACAAUGGAGGACAUGCACAACCACCACCACCAUCGCAAGUACAAAUAA